AGAAACAGCAGACCGCCAUAGAUAUACAAAAUCACGGAGCAGAGCUCUAAGCUCCUCUUCCUCCUUCCAAAACCGAAAAUGGGGUCGGAAUACGACAGAUCAAGGUCCUACUCUCACUCCAACGCCCGUGGAAGCCACAGCCACAGCUACAGCUACAGCUACAGCAACGGCAACGGAUACAGCAGCAACAGCAACAACAUGCAGCUGCAGCCCUACUACGGAGGCGGCCGCGGAGGAGGCCAGCCGCCUCGGCCGCAGCACGAGCUCCGGUGCUACAGCGCCUCCUACGCCCAGACCCAGGUGGGAUAUCCGUACAGCAACAACAAUAACAACUCGGGGCCGGGGGGCAGCAAGGACAUGAAGCUGAAGAAGGGGAAGAGCACGUCCGGGUCGGGCUCGAAGUCGUGGAGCCUCGGGGACCCGGAGUUCCAGAGGAAGAAGAGGGUGGCGAGCUACAAGAUGUACGGCGUGGAGGGGAAGGCCAAGAGCACCUUCCGGAAGAGCCUCCGGUGGAUCAAGGACCGCUACUCUCAGGUCGCCUAUGGCUGGUGGUGACGAUGAUGUUCUCUUCGACUUCUCCUCACUCAAUUGGGUAUUCGAUACCUCCAUCCUCCUCCUCCUCCUUCUCCUUCUUGCUGCUGCUGCUUCUGGUUAAGUUUUCAUCGGAGAAUGUCGGAUUUAGAUAGUGAUCAGGACGUCGAAGGAGAAAUCGAUCCGUGGUUCAACUUCUCGGGUUGCGACUGAUUCCAUGGACGACAGCACAGGACAUGCCCUGUAAAUUGUCGACACAAAUUAAGUAAUUCUUUUUCUUCUGUGCUGAAGAAUUUUAUCCAUUAUUAAGCUGCUGUUGUGAAUAACAUCCCCAAUCCCAUCUCUUUCUCUUAUUAAUUAAGCCCAUUGUCUCUUCUUGUUGUGUAUUGUCCUCAUCGUGGACUUGUUGCUGUAUCCACCCAGACUUGUCGUCCGCAACGAUUUUCCAUCAUCGAACUUAGUAGUACUUAGCGGAUGCUGCAGUCAAUGA